CUUUAGAGUGUAAGUUGCUAAAAUCCAAAAAUGAACCUUUUCAUAGUUGUCUCCGCUUCAAUCUCUCUACUUCUAGCAAUACUCAUUGCUUCUCUUCAUCUUCUCCACCCCACAUUAUAUUUUCUUACAUGGAAGAAGCUUCCACACUCUUCUUCUUCACUAGUGGCUGAUUUGAUAAUAAGAAAUGGUGUGAUAUACACAAGUGAUGAUUCUCUCCCAUUUGUAAACUCUAUGGCAGUUGCUAAUGGAAGGGUUCUUCGUAUUGGGAAUAACUCUUUUGUCCAGGAGGUGGCAGGCUAUGGAACUCAAGUGUUGGAUCUGCAGGGGAAAGUUGUGGUUCCUGGAUUUAUUGAUUCACAUGUUCAUUUCAUCUCUGGUGGCCUACAGAUGAUGCAGGUUGGACUGAGAGGUGUGAAAGAGAAGGAAGAAGUCAUCAGAAGGAUCAAAGAAGCAGUUCAAAGCACAAAACCAGGUUCCUGGAUUUUGGGUGGUGGAUGGAACAAUGAUCUAUGGGGAGGAGAUUUGCCUGCUGCCUGUUGGAUAGAUGAUGUUACACCUAAUAAUCCUGUCUGGCUAUCGAGAACGGAUGGACACAUGGGAUGGGCUAAUUCAGUGGCCCUAACACUAGCAGGCAUUACAAAUUUAACCGAUAAUCCAAGAGGAGGAACUAUAAUGAGGACUUCUGGUGGAGAACCUACUGGAUUGCUAAUUGAUUCUGCAAUGGAGCUAGUAGCAUCCCAAAUUCCCGAGGUUUCAAUUGAUGACAGGAGGGACGCAUUACAGAAAGCGAGCAAUCUUGCUUUGACAAGGGGUGUGACAACAGUUGUUGAUAUGGGGAGAUACUAUCCAGGGAUGUCCGCAGAUCUUUCUUGGGAGGAUUUUACAGAUGUUUAUCUGUGGACAAAUGCUAUAUCAAAAAUGAAAGUUAGGGUUUGUUUGUUUUUUCCAAUGGUGACAUGGCAACGGCUAGCGGAUCUGGUUAAUAAAAUGGGCCAUUCCUUAAGUCAAUGGGUUUAUUUCGGCGGUGUCAAAGCUUUUGCUGAUGGGUCUUUGGGGUCCAAUAGUGCAUUGUUUUAUGAGCCUUAUCAAGAUGAGCCUGACAACUAUGGAUUACUAGUGACAGAACCUGAUGCUCUCCUCAACAUGACUUCGGAGUCAGAUUUAUCUGGUCUUCAGGUUGCAGUUCAUGCUAUAGGAGACAGGGCAAAUGACUUGAUCUUGGAUAUAUAUAGUUCAGUUGCUUCUACAAAUGGAAUGAGAGAUCGAAGAUUCAGGAUUGAGCAUGCGCAGCACUUGGCACCUGGUACUCCAUCCAGAUUUGGCAAAGAAGGGGUCGUUGCUUCUGUUCAGCCAGAUCACUUACUGGAUGAUGCUGACGUUGCUGGUAAAAAGCUUGGCGAUGAUAGGGCUGAAAAGGAAUCAUAUUUGUUUAAGUCGCUCUUAGAUUCCAAUGCAUUAGUUGCAUUUGGUUCUGAUUGGCCAGUGGCAGACAUCAAUCCCUUGAGUGGCAUUAAGAUGGCAGUGAAAAGAACACCUCCAACUUGGAAUGAUGCAUGGAUUCCAUCAGAGUGCAUUUCAUUCGAGGAUGCAAUAAAGGGGUAUACCAUUUCUGCUGCUCGUGCAAGCUUCAUUGACAAUGAUUUGGGAUCCUUAUCUAUUGGAAAACUAGCAGAUUUUGUCAUAUUAUCCACUGAUUCAUGGAAAGACUUCGCUGAAACAGCAUCUGCAUCUAUCGAGGCAACAUAUGUAUCUGGACUAAGAGCAUAUCCAUGAAACCCCUCAUUUUCAUUUGGGUUUCAGUUGUGUGUCGUGCAAUCACUUGCAGCGCCGUCACAUAGGAAUCGCUAAGUGCUUACAAAAUGGACUACCAAGCCGUAGUUGAUGCCUUCUACUUUUAGUAAACAGAUAAUCAUGCUGAAAAAGCCAAAUAAAGUGACGAAAUCGGCUCAGCGAUCUCAAGUUGCCAUAUGUGCACCCAACCAUCAGAAUUGCUUAGGUCAAAACCUUGCAGCAUGUUAUACGAUGCUGCAACAGAAUAUCAUUCACAAUCACAUCAGCACUAGAAGAAGUUGGGGAAUGACAAAAAUAUUGUCAAUAAUUUUCAUAGGUAACC